AUGCGUCACAUUCAAAUUUUAAUGCCAACUGUUCCCUUACAGCUCGGUGGAAAGGACCAAGAGAAGCUCAAAUUCAAAGAAAAAGUAAAAUUUGGCGCCGGCGAAGAGAUGCAUUUCACUGACGACGGGAUUCUUGGUCUAGCCUUCCCGAGGGAUCGGGAAGCCACCAAUAUUUUCGAGCAAGCCGUAAAAGAGGGCAUCGUGGACGAGCCAGUCUUCACCGUCUACAUGAAGAAAUGCAAUGGCGAUUGCGAAGACGGAGGGCUAAUCACCUUCGGCGACCAUGACAAAAACGCAAUGUGA